AUGUGGCGGGAUACUUAUUCGGGAGGACUUUGUUCUAACUGCAGCACACUGCAAAAAUAUGGUCCCCUGACGGUGGUACUUGGAGCACAUGACAUUAGCAAGAAAGAGAAAAGUCAGCAAAGGAUCCAAGUGGCUAAGUACCAUCCACAUCCGAAAUUCAUCACUGAAAAAUAUGAUUAUGAUAUCAUGUUACUAGAGUUAAAAAACAAUGCCACACUGAAUAAAUAUGUCAAGACCAUUGGACUAUCUAAGAAAGAUGGGAAAAUCCCAGCCAACAUUAACUGUGUCGUUGCUGGCUGGGGCCGAACUGGAGUCAAUAAGCCUGACUCAAAAGUACUGAGGGAGACCACGGAGAAGAUGCAAUUCAGCGCUGAGUGCAAAAAUAAAUGGCAAGAAUACUUCUAUGCUGACCGCAUGAUAUGCACCAGAUUUGACAAAAAGAAGGGAGGGGUUUGCCAGGGGGACUCCGGUGGACCACUUAUCUGCAACAGCAAGCCUCAGGGUUUAACAGCUUUUACCUAUAAAUCUGAUUGUAAUGAUCCCCAGUAUCCCCAUGUCUUCACUAAAGUCAAUUUCUUUCUCCCCUGGAUUAAGAAAGUGAUGAAGUGAUUGGGGAACGUUGCAUGAGCCACUAUUCAGGAGGACAAGAAUGUUGUUCUUUCUUCACUUGCUUAUUAAAUAACACAGCAAACAUUUAGAGAAUGUGAAUGAUAGUAGUUUUAGUUUUGAAAAAAAUUAUUCAAGAAACUGGUAUAUGUAAUGUUUUUGCAUGUGAAAUAAACUGAAUGUAUAA